CGAAGAACCAUAGGAAUUGUGGUCACCGUUUUUUGCGGGGCUGCAGUUUUCUGCAAAAUUCUGUGCCUUGUGUCCUGGAUAAGGUGGACGCCUUUAUGAUAAGGGUCGUGAGUGCGGUGGUUUUGUGCGUGGAUUCUGACAACAAAAGUUACAGCGACAUAGAAUAGAGCUUUAGCGCGGUUGCGCGUUUGUGGAUUAAGUGGCGAUGAAAAGGCACCGGUGUAUGAAAUUGAAGUGAAUUUAAUGACAUGGAAAUUGUGGACAAAAAGAAGCAACGUGAGGAGGAAGACAAAAGACCACAAGUCACCUUUAAUAACUGGGAUCAAGCAUUUCUUAUUCUUUCAAUAGGGGCAUACAUUUUCAAUAAGAUAAUUGACGUGGUGCUGAUCCACACGUACCUGAGCUCGGGCGACCUGACCUGGGGCCUGCUGACUGUGCUGAUCGUGGUGGUGCCCCAGGCGCUGGUGCACGUCAUCUCGUACCGCUGGCACGUGCACGACCAGGAGGCCACCACCAGCCUGCUGGUCGUGCACUGCUGCCAGCUGGGCCUCUUUCUUAGGCUUGUGAGUCAGUUUUCCGAUGGUCGGCGUAUGCGCCGUACAAAGUCCUACGACGAUUCAAUGGUGUACCUGCAGCAGAGCAGUGACGUCAGCAUGCUGCAGCUGUUCCUCAGCUACCUGGAGUCGGCGCCGCAGCUGCUACUGCAGGUCUACGUCACCUCGUCCAGGGACGGCUGGCAGCUGGUGCAGGCUGUCAGCGCGGCGCUCUCGCUCCUCUCGCUGGCCUGGAGCAACGCCUCGUACGCCAAGUGGAUGCGCAAGUCCCGGGGCGACAAGCGGCCGCUGGGCUGGACGGCUGCCACCCUGCAGCUGCUCUGGCGCCUGUGUCUCCUGCUGGCGCGCACGUCCGCUCUGCUGGCGUUCUCGCUGCUGUACUCCGGCUGGGUGCUGCUGCUGCUGGCCGUCCGCUGGCUGCUGAUGACUGGCUGGGUGCUGGCCCAGCGCACCGACCUCUUCCCCACGCCCGCCGAGGAGCGACUCUUCAACACCGUCGUCGGCGCCAUCUACUGCUUCUCCUUCUUCAACGUCAAGGAGACGCCGGCCCGCUGGCGCAUGCUUGCCUUCUACGCGCUGACGUUCGCCGAGAACGGCGUCCUGGCGAUGCUCUUCUUCUUCUACUGGCCGCGCCCCGGCGACUGGCUGUACUUGGCGCUGCUGGUGAACAUCCCCGCCGGCAACCGUCCUGGUGGCCAUCCCGGCAACGGCGUCAGCAUGGGCAACAGCACGAGCGCACCCGACUACGAGAACCGCGCCUACUUCCUGAUGUGGCUGGCGCACAACUACUGGAGUGCCGUGGUGGAUAGGUUCACGCCGGACGCGCGCUUUGCGGGCCGCAUGAGUGGCCGCUUCGAGGACCGGCCGUGCCCGGGCUGCUGUGAGGAGAGCAUUUGCAUGGACAACACCUGCACACUGGACGACCCGUGCUUCUUCGCGUGGUGA